ACGCGUCCGAGGUGUCGUGACUCGUAAGUGCGAAGCCGGAGCGGACAGAGUCGGAGCUUCUUUUUUUUUUUCUUCUUCCCGUGGAGCUUUUGAGUAAAAUAAAAUACUUUUUUAAAAAAAGAAAGAAAGAAAGGGAUGGCAGUGGGAGUGUAAGUUGGGGAGACAGAGGUGUUUUUCACUCAGUGAGAGGAGUAAAGCAGGAUUUCCGCUGAGAGGCGCGUGAAGCGAGAAGCGCGAGGCGAUGAGAGAAGCAGCGGAGUUGAUGAAUCGCUUGCGGAGUCGUUUGGUGUGUAAAGGCGACUCCCAAGAAGGAUGCCCAAUGCUAAAGUGUGAAUUAAAUCCUGAGCAUCAGACAUGGGGACAGAGCUUCUUGAGGCUAAUGGCAUGAAUCAAAGGCCUCACUGCCAACAUGGAUCAUUAUAGGUGACGAAAGCUGAUGAUGAAGCAUGUAACAGCAAGAAGUUUGGGACAGUGGCAUUGAGGAAGACUGAACUGCACCGAUCCUCCUCGUGCCACUGCUAGUCAGCAUGUUGCGCUUGCUUUCGCUGAAGCUCGCCCGUGUCUACCGAUGCGCCAAGUUCCUAUUCAUCGCGGCUCUGUUUGUCGUCUUGCUCAUGAACACCCACAACCUGCUCACCUCCUUCCAGAGGAACGAGCUUACUGAUCGCCGCUUCAUCAGCCUCAACAAGUGCCCGGCCUGCUUCGGGACCAGUUGGUGUCGCAAGUUUACAAACGGCCAGGUCACCUUCGAGACAUGGGGGCGGCUACGCUUUCUGGACUUCUUUAACGUGAAAAACGUUUACUUUGCUCAAUAUGGUGAGCCCAGGGAAGGCACACGGAGGGUGGUGCUGAAACGCCUGGGCUCCAACACAGAACUUGCAGAGAUCGAUCAGAAGAUAUGCAAGAGGGCCACGGGAAGACCUCGCUGCGACAUCGUCCAAGCCAUGUACAAAACGGAGUUUGCCCGGCUCAACGGGGACGUGAGGUUGCUGACACCCGAGGUAGUGGAGGGCUGGUCGGACAUGGUGCACUGCCCCUCCCAGAGACUCCUAGAUAGGGUGGUCAGGAGGUAUGCCGAGACCAAAGACUCUGGAAGCUUCCUCUUGAAGAAUCUAAAGGAUACCGAGAGGAUGCAGCUACUGAUGACGCUGGCGUUCAACCCGGAGCCUUUGGUGCUGCAGAGCUUCCCUUCUGACGAGGGCUGGCCGUUCGCCAAGUACCUGGGCGCUUGCGGUCGCAUGGUGGCCGUGAACUACGUUGGCGAGGAGCUGUGGAGCUUCUACAACGCUCCCUGGGAGAAGCGCGUGGAUUUGGCCAAGCAGCUGAUGGACAUCGCCGAGCAGCUCACCAACAACGACUUCGACUUCGCUCUGUACCUGCUUGACGUCAGCUUCGACAACUUCGCCGUCGGCCCGCGGGAUGGAAAGGUCAUCGUCGUGGACGCAGAGAACGUCAUCGUGGCCGACAAGAGGCUGAUCAAGCAGAACAAGCCGGAGAACUAUGACGUGUGGUACGAGAGCCGCUACGAAGAAUGCGACAAGGAAGCCUGCCUCUCCUUCUCCAAGGACAUCCUGUGCUCGCGCGUCACCGUCGACCACAACUACUACGCCAUCUGCCAGAACCUGCUGUCACGCUUCGCCACGUGGCGCGGAACCACCGGCGGCCUCCUCCACGACCCGCCCCCUGAUGUGGCCCGAGACGGCCAUCUCGCAGCGCUGCUGGACGAGUGCGCCAGGCCUCAGAAGCACUUCGGCCGCUUCCAGGCAGCCAAGGAACUGCGCGAGUACCUCACACAGCUAACGGAACAAGCUAGCGCAAAGAGGUAGUACACGGCGAGAGGCGGACUUUCUCUGCCCCCAGGACGACACAGAUACAAACUCAGCCUCGUUAAAGUAAAGCAGCAGUGCUCUGAGACGUUUCAUUAUUAUUAUUAUUUUUUUUUGGGAGUUGCUGCCUGCGGAAUGUCGUAGCUUUGACAGAUGCUCAUUAAAGGAGUUUUGCACAUGGGCCUGGCUGAGAGCACUGGGUGAAGAGCUGCAGAAAUGGUGUGUGUGUGUGUGUGUGUGUGUGUGUGUGUGUGUGUGUGAUGUUGCGCUGAUGCUAAUACAGGAGCCUUGUUAGCGGUAAUGGGGGUGUGCGAGGCCCACUUGCUCCGUCUGGCCUCUGAUCACAAUCUUCUAAUGAGGUUUAUGUUUAAUUUAUUGAGGCUCAUGCAGAGGAACGACCCCUAAACAGAGGCCCAGGAUCGCGAGACAAAGCCUCAUUUUGUUUUUAGUGUUUGUUAUCAUGAGAUGUCUUGUUGUUUCAUGUCGGGAGAAAAUGUUGCGCUUUUUUUUUUUUUUUUUUUUAAUGGUUGAAAUUUUACCCAUCCUCAUUAGGACUCAUUAUAGUCAUUAUUAGGGCCCUAUGAGUUCUGCGGAAUGACAAAACCGAGACGCUAAUCACGGACAUACGUUGAAUUCGAUAAUUCCACGUAUGUGAUAAAUUAAAAUUAACACAAUAUUUGUGAUCAUAUUUAAUGUUUGAGGGUUUUGUUCGUAUUGGCCGUAUAUCUGAAAUGUAUAGGCCUAGCAUUUGUUGCUGCUUUGGAAAUCACAUAACAUGGGAUAGCUAAUGACCUUGGGAAUAAUGUUUAAAUGAUUAGCACCAGGGAAUAUUUGGAAAUAAUCUGAACGUGGUUAGCACCGUUUACACAACAUCGUCCAAAAAAAUGAAGAAAAAUUCAAGGUUUUACAAUAUAGCAUUUGUUCGGCUUAGUAAGUGCUAUAACUUAUGCUAAAAAUAAGAUAUCCAAAAUAUUUUUUAAAAUGAGAUGAAAUAAUGUUUUGUUAAAAAGCAAUGUGGAUCUCAUAGGACCCUAUGUUAGGAAGUAUUUGCAAUGUAUGCAAAAGAAGAUACCAAAGAAUUUUUUUUUAAUUAUAAUAAUUACUUUUUUGGGUCAGGAAAGGAAGCAUAGACUUUGUUUCCAAGUCGUAACCAUGCACUCACCCAGUUCUGAUUUUUACACAUGGUCUGUACCGUUAUACACCGUGUCCCAAAAGUCUCCAUACUUAGGGGAAAUUAACACUUUUUUUUUUUUUUACAAAAUGUAACUUUAUUUCCAGAACAUCCUCUACAUGAUUGCCAAUACGGGUAAAUAUUCAAGUGGGGCUUACAUCUGGGGAUCUCGAAUAUAAUAUAAACUAAGUAUGAAAAAUGUUGGAAGACAUUUUGUGUUAAUUUCCCCUAUGUAUGGAGACUCUUGGGACACGCUGUGUAAUGUCAAGUAACAUUGCACUACAAAACGAGCGCUGCGUUUACUGAGGUGAAUUGCACUACACGUCCGAUCGUCGAUUCAGAACCUUUUCAAUGUGGUGUACUGUUGUCAUUUUUUUUGUUCGAAUAUUUGAUUCAUAGCUACCAAUUAGGUGUGUGCCGAUGUGUGUGAUUUUUCUGUUCCUAGCUCAUUUCUCUCUAUCGCCUCCUUUCAGUCAUUUCCUCUGUGUCCUUCAAGGCUACUCAGUAAAUGUGGUCUUACUGUGCCUUCAGUCUUUACAACUCAAUAACAACAUUAAAGUAUAUUAAAGUAAA